GUAGGAGCGGAAGCGCACGCGCGCUAGGGUUGGCGGUGGUGAUUCCGCGAUGGUAGGCGGCGGCGGGGUCGGCGGCGGGGUCGGCGGCGGCGGCCUCCUGGAGAAUGCCAACCCCCUCAUCUACCAGCGCUCUGGGGAGCGGCCUGUGACGGCGGGCGAGGAGGACGAGCAGGUUCCCGACAGCAUCGAUGCACGCGAGAUCUUCGAUCUGAUUCGCUCCAUCAAUGACCCGGAGCAUCCACUGACGCUAGAGGAGUUGAAUGUAGUAGAGCAGGUGCGGGUUCAGGUUAGCGACCCCGAGAGUACAGUGGCUGUGGCCUUCACACCAACCAUUCCGCACUGCAGCAUGGCCACCCUUAUCGGCCUGUCCAUCAAGGUCAAGCUUCUGCGCUCUCUUCCUCAGCGUUUCAAGAUGGACGUGCACAUUACUCCGGGGACCCAUGCCUCAGAGCAUGCAGUGAACAAGCAACUUGCAGAUAAGGAGCGGGUGGCAGCUGCCUUGGAGAACACCCACCUCCUGGAGGUUGUGAAUCAGUGCCUGUCAGCCCGCCCCUGAGCCUGGCCUUUUGCCCCUCAACCUGCAUACUGGUGUCCUGGUCCCAGCUCCUGCCAGGGCUCUUACCCUUGUUUUCUUGAAUCACUCACAAUGAGAAACUAACAUUUUGCUUUUUGUAAUAAAGUUAAUUUAUAUUCAGUUCCCAGCA